AUGCAAACUCAAUACACAAUUCAAAUAGUUCACUGCAAUUCUACAGCAUGCUGUGAACAUUGGCGUUCAAACUACGUUCAUGUCUUUCCAUUUCGAUUCUUACCACCACUCGUGCCCUUCGAAAAAUCAUCUGAAGCAUUAUCUAUUGCUGGUAAUGAUCGCCAGGCAAAUGCAUUCUACGGGAGAAGUGAACGAUCAUUGAAACCAUAUGGCACUGGUGAAGUAUUUAUUGAUGGCGGCGUGUUUGCCAAUUAUCCAGAAUUGACGGCAUUAUGGGAAAUACGAAUGCAAGGAAAAAAACUGGUCAAUUAUCAUUUACUUUCUAUGGGCACAGGAUGUUAUAAUGCAAAAGUAUCGGUCGACAAUUGGAAUGGUGGUUAUAAGUAUCGGCUAUAUGAUACCAAUGGAUUGUUGGUCAAUAUGUUUAUGGACAGUACACGUAGUUUGACUGAAACCGUUAUGAAUAAUUUAGCCAAAUUCGAUAAUAUCACACGAAUGAAAUUCAAUUACAAAUUAAAAGAAUCUAUGGAGUUAGAUGCUUUGGAUUUUGCAGAGAAAUUCAAGGAAGAUUGGGAAAAAUUGAAAGGUGGACCAGAUUUUAAAGCAUUAGUUUACUUUUACAAAACAUAUAUCAAAUAG